AUGACGAAGGCAGACAACAAAUCUAUCUACGCUCAACGUCGCCUUCUCGAACAAAUUCUUCCCAUAGUAACUCAGUUGGAAGAGUUGGGAAUAACACUGAAUGGCUCGUAUCCUACAAAGAAGCUUCUCUCCAAGUUUUCUUACACAUUGCAGCGUCAAGUUCUGGAACGCUGCCUCUUGCAAAAUAAGAAAGAAACCGAUUGGAUUAUGCGGGAUGUGCUCUCUGAGCUGGACGAUCUGAUAACCACACAAGAACAGAUCAGUGAAAUGAUCGAUAGCAUUCCCAACAAGUGUGAUGAUCGCAGCAGAGAUUCUCAUAACAACAACAGAUCGAAGAAAUUCCUCAUGAAGAAUGCGACAACAAAGCCUGACCCGAAUGCAUGUAUGUUUUGCGGAUCAACGCAACACAAAUCAGCUGAUUGCACAAGGAUUCCAAGCAUCCACCAGCGACGUACCUAUAUGCAACAACAUAGGAGAUGCCUCAACUGUGGGAAAGAAGGCCACUUUGUGAAAGACUGCACAAGUAAAGGAUGCAGGUAUUGCACGGGGAUGAAGCAUCAUCAUACCCUCUGCCCCCAGAGGCACAACUUGGGAGAGACCACAGACCAAACCCCACCAAGGGGCUCUGCUGGCAACCACGCUAGAGAGAUUUCGCACACCACGACCAAAUCGGGACGCGCAUGA